GCUCGACAUUGCGGCUGGAAUGCGGCUGGAACAGGCAACACGGGUGCUGUGCACGUCGAUACGCGUGCAUAUUACGCGCAUCUGAUCCCUUGCAUUGACAGCACAGCGACUUUUUCGCAACUUUGAACCGCCGCUGGGGCCACCACUCACCGGAGAGCAUCACACACUGGUGCAAAAUAAGCGCCAUCGACGCGACAAUGGCAACAGCAAGAGUGCGCCGCCGCUGGACCCUCGCCUGCGAGAGCUUAGAAGUAAACAAAACAAAAGAACGGGAAUGGUGGCGCCGCGUCGAGACCGGCUACGGCGAACCGGGUCGGCACUACCACACUUUGGUGCACAUCGACGCCAUGCUCACCUUAGCUACCGACCACGAAGUGCAAGACCGAGUAGCCGUGGAUCUCGCCACCAUCUUCCACGACAUUGUCUACGACGCCGUUGCUGGUGGUGGUGGCCGCAACGAGCGCGAGUCCGCUCAAGUGUUUGUCGAAUUCGCUCAGAGUACCACAAUGACGUCGGAACGCAUCAAUAAGGUAGUAGAGUGGAUCGAGCGCACGUGGAGCCACGACGGUAAUGGCUUGGACGACGACGGCCGGCUCUUCAUGGAUUUUGACAUGAGCAUCCUGGGCGCGGAGAGCGGGGCGUACGCGCUUUAUGCUUCCCAAGUGCGUCUCGAAUACGGCCACGUGAACUGGCUGUAUUGGCGCAUCGGGCGGUCGCAAUUUUUGUCUUCUUCGACGUCCAAAAAUGUGUUUUGUACUUCUGAGUUUGCGGGGUUGGAAGGGAAGGCGCUUGAUAAUGCGCGGGCGGAGUGUUUGAAAUUGCGGCUCGAGCUAUUUGUGGCGGGCUGUGUCGGCGUCGCGGGCCUUGGCGUGGCGGGGCGCGUAAUGUUGUCGUUGUUGUGACUUCUACUUCUACUCUUUUGUGACUGGCGGCGG